AUGGUGGGCUUUGGCUCCUCCUGUGCCCCGACCUUCCCCUCACCCGCCCAAGAUGGCGGCGCGGCGCCGCCGUCGCGCUUUGAUGACGCAACCACAGCGACGCUCCCGCCUUCCCGGAAGGUCCGGCCACAGAAACCCCGCCACUCUCAAGAUGGCGGCGCGGUACCGCCGUCGCGUUAUGAUGACGUAACACCAGCGCCGCCCCCGCCCACCCGGAAGGUCCCGCCACACAAACCCCGCCACUCUCAAGAUGGCGGCAGCGCCCGUCCGCUGACGUCAUCGCCGCGCGCCGGGCGGAGGGCGCGGCGGCGGCUCCGGCGGGGCGGGCACGGGGACGGGGGGCGGCCCCAACAUGGCGGCGGCGGCGGCUCCUCCCGCUUCCCCGCCGGGCCCCGCUUCCUCACCGGGCCCCUCAUCGCCGCCGCGGCCCCGUUCGCCGCCGCCGCCCCCCCCUCAAGAUGUCGGCGGCGGGCCGGUCGCGCGAGGCGUGACGUAGUCAGGCCCCGCCGGCGGGAGGGGGCGGGGGAGCGGCCGGAGCGGCGCAGGCGGGCGGACCGGGACCGGGACCGGGCAGGAGCGGGAGCAGCAGCGGGACUCGGAGCGGGAGCGGGCGGGGCUCCGGGGCGGCUCUUCAGGUCACCAUGGUCCCGGCGCGGCGGCGGCGGCGGUGCCGCUGAGCGGGAGCGGCCCCGCGGGCGCGGCCCCGGGGGCCCGGUCCGUGCCGGCGCCGCGCGCCGAUCCGAGCGGCCCCGCAGCGCCGCGGAUGGCCUCGAGCGCGCCGGCGUUCCCCGACGGCAGCACCGCGCUCCCCAUGGCCCCCAGCCCCCGGAGCCCUUCCUGCAGGACGCCACGGCCCCGCCGGAGAGCGCGGCGCUGGCCGGCACCGAGGAUGAGGAGGGGACGUUCUACGGCGCGGCCGAGCCGGAGGCCGGGAGCCGCCAGGGCAAGGGGCUGGAGCUCCGGGACGAGCCCGACUUCUUCUCCUCGCUGGCCCGGCACGAGCCCGACGUGGGGCUGGAAGCGCACGACGAGGCCGAUGAGCCCGACCCCGCCCUGUCCGGAGCCGUCCCGGCCGCGCCGCACCGACACAGCUGGGCCCGUCGGUCGAGGCGGUGCCGGCACUGCCGCGGGCGCUGCCGGAGCUGCGGGGCGCGGCCGUGGCCCCCCGCGCCCUCGCCGCGCUCCGGCUGCGCCACCGCGACCAACCCGACGCCGGCGAAUCGCCCGAGCCGCGCCCGGCCGCGCCGGACGAGGAGGAGGAGGAGGAGGAAGAGGAGGAUGAGGAAUAUCCCCAAAACGAAACCAAAGCAACCGGGAGGGCUCGGCCCGGAGCAGCCGGACAGAGCCCGGAGAGGCGUCCAGCGGUUGGAGUGGAUCCAGGAGCCCAGCCCGGCUCUCCAGGACCUCCCCCACGCGCCGGACGCCGCGGCGAGCUCGGCGUCGCACCGGGAAUCGGCCAAAACCAAACCCCCGGAGAGCCGGCGAGCCGAGCCCGACUUCGCCGCGGCCGAGUGGGUGCCGCCCGAGCCGGACGCCGCGGUGGGCAAACAAUCGUGGACGGUGAACGCCGAGGACUCGGUGGAGCGGCUGCUGCCGGAGCCGGCGCCGUUCGGCGUGGAGGCGCCGCCCUACGUGUGCGGCGUGCUGCUGGAGGAGCCGGCCGAGGCCGAGCGGCGGGAGCAGGACGACGACGCCGGCGUCUUCACCUGCAUCGAGUGCAGCAUCUACUUCCGGCGCCGGGAGCACCUGCUGGAGCACAUGCUGCAGCACAACCGCGGGCCCCGCGAUGCCGACGCCGCCGGCCGCCGCCGCUUCUGCUGCGGGGAGUGCGGCUGGGCCUUCGGCGAGCCCGCGGCGCUGGAGCGGCACAAACGGCUGCACCAGGAGUCGCGGGAGAAAAUCAUCGAGGAGAUCCAGAAACUCGACGAGUUCCCGGACGAGGGACGCGAGGCGCGGCUGCAGUGCCCCAAGUGCGUUUUCGGCACCAACUCCUCCAAGAUUUUCGUGCAGCACGCCAAGAUGCACGUCAAGGAGAGGAAGGAGCAGGGCUCCAGGAGCGCCGGGCUCUGUGAUGGCGCCGGGCACGGCCUCUACAAAGCCGAGGAGCCGCCGGCGGCGCCGUCCGGUGCCGCGCCCGGCGCCUGCGUGCUGUGCGGCUUCCCGGCGCCCAACGAGCACAUCCUCAAGGAGCACCUGAGGUUCGCCCACUCGCGCUUCUCCUGGCAGCCCGACGCCUUCCGCGACGCCGCCGAGCAGCCGGGCACCAGCCGCGAUUCCUACGGCGCGGCCGUCGAGCUCUUGGGCAAACCGAGCGGCUUUUCGCGCCGCCGUGCCGGGACGGCGCCUCCCUCUACGACGCCGCCUUCGGUUGGGUCACGCCAAGAGCGACGGCGCCGCCAAGAAGGCACGCCAGGAAGGCGGCGCCGCAUCCCCAACCCACCGGCUUUGCCGCGUUUCCCAAACCCUGCUCCCUCCGCCACCCCUGGGCGGCGCGCAGAGGAGGAGGAGGAGGAGGAGGAGGAAGAGCCCGGCGCCGCCGUCGCCGUGCCGCGCGCCGCGCUGGAGCUCAAGAGAACCUUCCGCGCCGCCCUGAGCGCCGUGGAGGUGGCCACGGAGGCGCAGCGGCGGCAGCUGCGCGGCGCCGUGCCCGUGGUGCUGCUGCAGGAGGUGGCCACGCACGCCAGGGCCGCCAAGAGACCGCGGGGGAAACCCCCAAGAAGAAAAAGAAAAAUCUGUCGGCCGCUGCUGGAGGAGCCGCUCCCCUUGGACGUGCUGCUGGAGUCGCCCCUGGAGGCGCCCCUGGAGCUGGAGGAGCUGCUGGGCUCCGAGGGGGGGCUCAGGAACGAGGAGAGGAGGUGUCCCUACUGCCCCGACCGCUUCCACAACGGCAUCGUGGCCAACCACGUGCGCGGCCACCUGAACCUGGGCGUCAGCUACAACGUGCGCCACUUCAUCUCCGCCGAGGAGGUCAAGGCCAUCGAGCAGAGGUUCUCCUUCCAGAAGAAGAGAAGAAAGGGGAUGGCCAACUUCGACCCGGGCACGUUCAGCCUGAUGCGCUGCGAGUUCUGCGGCGCCGGCUUCGACACCCGCGCCGGGCUCUCCAGCCACGCCCGCGCCCACCUGCGCGACUUCGGCAUCACCAACUGGGAGCUCACCGUCCCAAUCCACAUCCUCAAGGAGCUCCUGGCCAGCUCCUCCCAGCACCCCGCCCUGCUGCGGGCCCUGGCCCCGGGGAACACCGGGAGCACCGCGAGUGGCACCGGGAACACCGGGAAUGGCACCGGGAGCAGCACUGGGAGCAGCACCGCGAUUUCCAGGAUCAGCACUGGGAGCAGCAGUGGGAGCCUGGAAAUCCUCACCAGGAUCAACAAUGGGAGCCUGGAAAUCCUCACCAGGAUCAUCAGUGGGAGCCUGGAAAUGCUCACCAGGAUCAACACCAGGAUCAGCACCGGGAUCAGCACCGGGAUCAUCAAUGGGAUCCAGGAAAUCCUCACCGGGAUCCUGGAAAUCCUCACCGGGAUCAACAAUGGGAUCCAGGAAAUCCCCACCAGGAUCAUCAAUGGGAUCCAGGAAAUCCCCACCAGGAUCAACAAUGGGAUCCAGGAAAUCCCCACCAGGAUCAUCAAUGGGAUCCUGGAAAUUCCCACCAGGAUCAUCAAUGGGAUCCAGGAAAUCCCACCCACCGGGAUCCUCACCGGGAUCCGGCGUCGCCGUUCGCGCCGGGCUGGGCCGGGGAGGAGCUGCUGCCGCCCUACAGGGAUGGUGAAUGGCGGCCUCCACCUCGGCCUCGGCCGCCGCCUCCCCGCCGCCCAAAGUCACCAAAGCGGCGGCGGCCCGCGGCCCCGCGACCGCGACCGCGGCGGGGACGGCGACCCCGAGCCCCCGGCCGCGCCCGAGCCGGUGCUGGCUCCUGAGCAGGACGAUCUGGGUGGCCAUGGAGGUGUCGUCCCCUCCCCCCUGGGCAAGAAGAGCUCGGCCCUGGAGCCGCCCCCGCCCCGCCUGAGCUCCAAAGUGAGCCCGGAGCCGCCGGGCAAGGCCGAGCCCCACGACUCCAAAGCCCCCAGCCUGACCACGUGCGAGGUGUGCGGCGCCUGCUUCGAGACGCGCAAGGGCCUGUCCAGCCACGCCCGCUCCCACCUGCGCCAGCUCGGCGUGGCCGAGUCCGAGAGCUCGGGCGCUCCCAUCGACCUCCUGUACGAGCUGGUGCGGCACAAAACCAAACCCGAGCCCGGCAGCGCCGGCACCGCCACCGGGCUGGCCAAGAAAUCGGCGUCGCCCAAGGAGCCGGGAGCGCCGCGGGCGCUGCUGCUGCUGCCCAAGGCCGAGGGCGGCGCGGUGAACAAAGCCAUCAAAUCCCCGCCGGGCUUCUCCAAGUGCCUGGCGCCGCCGGCGUCGCCCGGCGCCGUGAAGAAACUGCCGGCGGCGCUGCCGGGAUCGCCCAAGGGAGAGGAGAAGGGAGGGAAGAUGGGGAUGAGUCCCCUGCAGACGGAGAGCGGAUGGGGGGCUGAGGAGGAUGGGCCUCUCAACCUGACCUCGGGCUCGGAGCCGUGCCGCGACAUCCGCUGUGAGUUCUGCGGGGAAUUCUUCGAGAACCGCAAGGGGCUCUCGAGCCACGCGCGCUCCCACCUGCGCCAGAUGGGGGUGACCGAGUGGUACGUGAACGGCUCCCCCAUCGACACCCUGCGCGAAAUCCUCACCCGCCGCCGCUCCGGCCACCCCAAGGCCCUGCCCAAGAGCCUGCUGGGCAGCCUGGCCCCGCUGGAGCCUCGGCCUCCCGAGCUGCACCUGCCCGGCCUCCCCAAGAAGGUGCCGGCCCCGCUGAGCCCGCCCGGAGCCGCUCCCGGCGCCGCCUCGCCGCCCCCUCCCACGGCCAGGAAGGUGUUCCCGGGCCUCCAGGCGCCCUCCCUGCAGAAGAAACUCAAGCAGGAUCAGCUCAGGGUGGAGAUCAAGAGGGAGUUGAUGGCUGGAGGUGGAGGAGGAGGAGCUGGGAUCCAUCCCGGGGAGGCGCCGGUGCCGCCGGACCCGGCCUGGGCGGCGCACGAGGAGAUGGCGCCGCUCAACCUCUCCUCCCGAGCGGACCCGGUGCGCGACAUCCGCUGCGAGUUCUGCGGGGAAUUCUUCGAGAACCGCAAGGGGCUCUCGAGCCACGCGCGCUCCCACCUGCGCCAGAUGGGCGUCACCGAGUGGUCGGUGAACGGCUCCCCCAUCGACACCCUGCGCGAAAUCCUCAGGAAAUCCAAGCCCUGCCUCAUCAAGAAGGAGCCGCCGCUGCCGCCGGGGCUGGAGGCGCCGCCGGCCGAGGACGAGGGGCUGGAGGCCAAAGGGCCGCCGGGGCUGCAGCCCCCGGGCAAGGCUCUGCCCCCGGGGCUGGCCCUGGCGCCGCUGGGCGGUUCCAGGCCGGCCAAACCGGGCUCGGCGCUGGCCCUGGCGCCGCUGGGAGCCAAAAACGCCGCGGCUUUCCUGGCGCCCAAACGGCCGCUGGGAGAGGAGAGGCUGGGAGGGCACGGCGAGGCCAAGCACAAAGCCUUCGAGCUGGGCUUCAAGGCCAAGGCCCUGCACGACAAGGCCUCAGCAGAGGCGUGCUGCGAGCUCUGUGGGCUCUACUUUGAGAACAGGAAGGCCCUGGCCAGCCACGCCCGCGCGCACCUGCGGCAGUUCGGCGUCACCGAGUGGUGCGUGAACGGCUCCCCAUCGAGACCCUGCGCGAGUGGAUCCGGCACCCGCCCGCACAAGGCCGGCGCCUACCGCUCCUACAUCCAGGGGGGCCGGCCCUUCUCCAAGAAAUUCCGGAACUCUCCGCACCCCCGGGAGCCUCGCGGGGCCCUGGCCCGUGCCCCCGGGGCCUUCCUGCCCAAGGGAGCGCUGGGGGCCGAGGCGGCGCUGGGGAGUGCGGCAAGGACGGAGAGAGGGCGGUGGGGACGCCCCUGGGGGAAUGGGAUGGGGACGCCCCUGGGGGUGGUGAAGGUGGAGGAGCAGAGAGGGAACUUCAGCAAGUUCGAGCGGCGCCAGGCGCGGGCGCUGGAGCCGCCGCUGGCCCCGGGCCCCGGCGAGUUCCCGCGGAAGCUCCCGGAGCCGCGGCCGGCGCCGCGCCCGGUGCCCGCCCUGGUGCCACGCCCGCCCCACGCCUCCCUCGUCAAGUUUGUGGGCAACAUCUACACCCUCAAGUGCAGGUUCUGUGAGGUGGAGUUCCAGGGCCCCCUGUCCAUCCAGGAGGAGUGGGUGCGGCACCUGCAGCGCCACAUCCUGGACAUGAAUUUCUCCAAGGCCGAUCCGUGCCGGAGCGAGGCCCCCCCGGAGCCCCCGGCCUUGCCCGAAGCUCCCUGAAAAAAAACCCCUGGAUUUUCUCCAAAAAAAUCCUGAGCUGGGAGGAGAAAAAAAAACAAAAACAACACACAAAAAAAAAUCAACAAAAAAAACCAAAAUCUCCUGCCGGGUUUUGGCCCAAAAUCCGCGGUUUUCCGGGAGAGCGAAGCUCCCGGAUCGUCCCCAGGGCCGGGACAGCCUCAAGCACUACACGGAGCAAAUCCUCGAUUCCCAGCUGCAGUUCCUUGGGAAUCCAGGGCUGGAAACACCAGAAUUCCACCCCAAAAAAACC